AUGUGGCCGUUCCAGGGUCCGCUGAACCAGUACGGCUCGGUCCUGUUCCACCGGAUGAUGUAUUGGCUCUCGUUCGGGUCGAGCUCGAGCGAGAAAAGCCCGGGAGCUGGGUCCUCGGCGUUUUUCCAAGAAGUCAGGUGCUGCUUUUGUCCGGUGAUUUUGUUGAAGGCGAGCCUACCGCCGGGCAGCCACGUGUCCGUCGGAAAAUCGAAGCUUUGCCACAAAGGAUGCUCAAUCGACGAAUUCGACCCGGACCCAUCUGUCAGAACCAAGUUCCCGCUGUCGAGGAGGACGGCGGUGGCGGCGGACCGGUUCAAGCCGGUCUGGUUCAGGCCGGUUGACCAGGCGACCGAGCGCGAGCCGUUGAACAGGACUAGAUUUCCGUCGGAAAUUGCGAGCCGGGCGGAGCUCCGGUCGUGGAUCGGGGCUUCCCGGUUGGCGACCCAGACGCGGAAUCUGGAGGAGUUGCCCGGCGUGAAGAAGCCCAGCUCGAAGUGGCCGCCGGAGGAUACGAUGGUUUGGUCGCCGGAGAGAGGUCUUCCGGCGGAGAUGGUGUCGGUUGCGAAGCAGGAAAAGUCCUCCCACCGUGUGAAGUCAAUGGUUAAUCCUGACCGUAAUAUGGCCCAUGGAGGUAAAGAUCCAAUCGCUAAUUGCUUAUGCGGGAUAGUAUUGACUGCUUCAAUUCAAGAUUCCUUGCGAAUUGCGACAGAGAAUCGGUCAUACGGUUGA